UAGGAAUUCCGUUUCCGUCCCUGGGAUUUUUUCCCGUCGCUCAGAGAGGAAAAGAGAAGUACACCUUCGCUUCCUCCUGUUUCUCUGUCUUUAUAGAGGUAUAUCCAUCAAGAAAUGGCGUCGUCCCCGCAAAAGUCUCCUUCCUCGCCCAAGUCUCCGACUCCAAUCUCGCCGUCCUUCAGAAAGAAAGACGACUCUUUCCUCGGGAAACUUGGUGGGACUUUGGUCAGGAGGAAAAAAGCGAAAGAAGUGUCGGAGCUGCAGGAGGAGGGGAUGAAUGCCAUAAACCUGCCAUUGAGUCCCACUCAAUACGAGCUGCAUCCGGAGGACACCAUGCUGGAGGAGAACGAAGUCCGCACUAUGGUUGACCCUAACUCCAGAAAAGACAGCAAACUGCAGGAACUGAUUAAGGUGCUGAUUGACUGGAUCAAUGAUGUGCUGGUGGGUGAGAGGAUCAUUGUGAAGGACUUGGCAGAGGACUUGUAUGAUGGACAGGUUCUGCAGAAGCUCUUUGAGAAGCUUGAGGGUGAGAAGCUGAACGUUGCGGAGGUGACCCAGUCCGAGAUCGCUCAGAAGCAGAAGCUUCAGACGGUUCUGGAGCGCAUAAACGAUGCCCUGAAAGUCCCCACCCGGAACACCAAGUGGAACGUCGACUCGGUUCAUGCUAAAAGCAUCGUCGCCAUCCUUCAUUUGCUGGUGGCGCUUUCUCAGCACUUCAGAGCUCCAAUCCGCCUCCCUGACCACGUGUCCAUCCAGGUGGUGGUGGUUCAGAAACGAGAGGGCAUCCUACAGUCUCGUCAGAUUCAAGAGGAGAUCACUGGCAACACUGAGGCUUUAUCUGGCAGGCAUGAGCGCGAUGCGUUCGACACCCUUUUUGACCACGCCCCUGACAAGCUCAGCGUGGUGAAGAAGACUCUCAUCACCUUUGUCAACAAACACCUGAAUAAACUGAAUCUGGAAGUGGCCGAACUGGACACACAGUUUGCAGAUGGUGUGUACCUAGUUCUUCUGAUGGGACUCCUGGAGGGCUACUUUGUGCCUCUCUACGGUUUCUUCCUCACUCCUGAGAACUUUGAGCAAAAGGUACAUAAUGUGUCCUUCGCCUUCGAACUGAUGCAGGAUGGUGGCCUGGAGAGGCCAAAACCAAGACCAGAAGAUAUCGUGAACUGUGACCUGAAAUCGACACUUCGCGUUCUCUACAACCUCUUCACCAGAUACAGGCAUGUGGAUUGAAGAGAUGACCAACAGACACACUACUGAGACCACUGACCACUUUUUUUAAACUCUUGGUGUAAAGACUUUUUUUUGUUUUUGUUUUAAUAAUUCUGUAGUUGAGAUGUAAACACCAUCAUUUAGAGAUGGUUCGAUGCGUCUUGUAGAGAAACUUCCAGAUUCUUUACAGUGGUGGUAGAAACCAAGGGUCCUAAUGUCUACAACACAAUUAUAAAAGCAUCAGUGAACCUACAUGUGCCUCUCCGCCAGUGCGUCGGGCAUCAGGCAGUGUAUGCCAUAAUUUAUGUAAUGACUUUGUGAGGGAGCUUUUAGAGGCAUUAGACUCUUCGUCUGGUUCCUAUCACCACCACUGUGAACAACUCGACUGUGUAAAGUCUCAUUGUAGUGAAAAUAUCACACCAAACCACUCCGAAUCUCAAUCAUUUAAUCAUGCUGAAUUUUUGAAUAGGUGGACUUGUCCUUUGAUGGUUCUAAGGAGUUACUACUACAGACGCUUUACCGCACUGUGUAUGUGUGUGGGCUGCACAGUAUGACCAAAACACUAGCACUGCCAUUCUCUUGGUACUUGUAAUGGGAACGUGUCUUACAGUGUAUUGAAAACGAAUGGUUGAAUGAACAAUGUGACGUGGUUAACGACUGGCCUGCUCUUUUUCUGACCAAAGUAAUUAACGUGUGUAUUACACAAACCCCUUCAUUCACACUCGUCUGAAUGCUGACAGCACACAGUAAAAACACUGAAUGGCUCGUUCGCAUGUUGAAGCCUUUUGCGAUACCAAAGGCCAAGAUCACAGUGACGGUUAUCCGUGAUGCAUUAUGCCUGCUGAUCCAAUAGCUGUGAUGAAACUAAUGUAAAAGAUAUUUUUUAUUAGUGUGAAUCUGAAGUGGUCACAUGGCUGUGGCUUCGCGUGUUGAAAACACGGUAUUCCUUACCUCGGUCCUGGGGAACUGUGGUCCCGGGGGGGCUGCUGAAGUACAUUUAAAGGCAAAUAUCACUCUUUUUUUUUAAUUUCUGCAUAAUCAAUUGGUUGAGAUGUAAACAGCCAUUCAGAGUGGUUUGGUGUGAAAUGCUCUGUUGUAGAGAAACAGUAAGAAUUGUUCACAGUGGUGGUGAUGGGAACCGGACGUGUGAAGCUCUGCUCCUUAUUGGACGAAGUGGCUAUGAAUGUUGCCUGAGACAUUGUUUUUAUGAUGGUUUUGGGCAGGAAAUUUUAUUUCAUUAUUUAUUUAUUUCCGGGUCUUCGUGGCUGAGAGGUACGUGCAGGGGGUUAAUGGUCUAAGGGUCUCUAAAGAAAAAAGUUUUUUCAAGAUUUACUAAUAUUUAACUGUUGCAUAACAUUACAUAUAAACACUGCACCUGUACAUGUACCUGUGUAGUUUCACUGGUCAUCUUGGAUAGUGAAUAAAAUGGCCAUAUUUGUGCUGUAGACAUUGCCUCCUGGUUCCCAUCACCACCACUGUAAAGAAAUCGGAGUGGGAACGUUUCUCUAUGAUGAGCCAUUUCAGAUCGGAUCAAUCCGGAUGACUGUUUACAUCUCAGCGACUGAAUUAUGCAGAAAUGCUGACAAAAUACUCUGAAAGUGACCAAACGGUGCAGGAAUCUGGCCUUUGGUGCCACCGGCUUUACUGAUAUAUCAUUGCUGGCCUGUCAAACCCGUUUUAAAUAUAGUUUUUAUACAGUUUAAAAAUACCAGGUUCCCUUUACAUUGUGGGAUCUUUCAUGGUGGAAAUACCAAGAGAAAAUGACUUGGAAUCAAAUGUUGUUAUAUUAACAUACAUUUAAGCUUAAGAAUGUUUUGGCAUUCCUUUAUAACAUUACCUUUUUAGAGCUUUACUGCCGAUACGCUACAGAAUAUGCAUAUGGUUUUAGGCACUGCUGUCAACACAGAAAUAAGGUCCUUCGUUUUCAUUUGAACUUGAUGUGCUUUAACUGUAUAAUACAAAGUGAUUUGACUAACUUCUGUUUUCUGUAAUGUAAGUGGUUUUCUCGAGGCUUACAAACCUGAAGUUCAGAACUGAGUCUGUGUGUGUGGAGCAGGGAUGGUGCUUAAAAACCUUGAGUCCAUUUUAUUGCACAUAGCUUAUAGAUUUUAAAUAAUAGCGAUAAACUUAAUUCUAACCUUGCUUAAGCUUCUAUUAUGAUUCUGUGGGUUAUGGUUUAAAAGGUGAGCUACUGAGUGAUGCCUUUAUUAGUGCAGAUAUUUAGAGUACUGUUCCAUCUGUCCUCUUACCCGCAAGGUCUCAGGCCUCAAUAAACUCGCCUGAAUCAUC